UUGGAUGUCGCGCCCACCUUUUACUUGUCACCUCAUGUAAGCUUGAAUUUGAUUGGUCGUAUGGAGAGGUAAAAAAUUGCAUAAUUGCCCACUUCUGUCUAGAAAAGCCCAGUAGCAGAUCCAUCUCCGCAUUCUACGCUGUUGUUGUACUUCAGCCACGUCGGACGUUUCUUCGACAGUCUUCAAUCUUCACCGUGAGGUCUUCACUUCAUCAGUGACUUCGUCAGUUUCUUCGCCCGUCAGUUAAACCAGACCGAGAAACAUGAACCCUACAACGCUGUUAGCCUGGGGAGUGGCGGCCCUGGUGCUCCUGUCCGCUCAAGCGGCUCCUACAGAAAACAUCGAGCCAGCAGAGGAGGAUUUUCCCCCUCAAACCCAACCGUUUGUCGAGAUCGACCAACAGGCGGUCACAGAGAACCCCUACCAGACGUCGACUGAGCUGCCCAACCCAGAUCCGUCCUUCGAGCAUCUGGUGCAGGAGAUCGCCCGGGAGUUCAAUCCCAACCUGCGCUUCCAGAGCUCAGCGGUCAUGGCCCUGCAGGAAGCCAGCGAGGCCUACCUGGCUAUGGUCAAAGAGGAGGACACCGAAGAGGACACCGAAGAGAACACCGACCUAUAAUAAACAUAGUAUUUACCCACUGUUACUGUAACACAACCCAGAUCCGCCUCAUGUAACAGUAAACAGUUCAUAUAUGCCCCAUACCCUCAGAUCCUAGUAAUAUUUUUUUUAAUUUUUUUUUAUUCAUAAGAAAGUUAUUUUACAAUUGUAUUGGCCCUGUACAGAUAUGAAUUGUCUAUUGUCUAUCUAAAUCAAAUCAUAAGAAUAUUCUAGUAGUAUACUGUGUCAUCUUUAUUUUCUGUUAAUCGUUUUUCUUUGUUAGUAACAAUGUUUAUUGACUGUCAUCGAAUCUGAUUUCUGUUUUAAUGUAAGCUUAACUACAAUCUACUUGCUACCAUAGGAUAUCUGUAACACAACUUGUGUGAUGAUAAUACCAACUUCUAUGUUAGCAACAAUGUAAUUUACUGUCAGCGCUAACAGACUGAAGGUCGGACUCGCAAUGUUGAACAAGAAAAAAAUAAAAUUCAUCCUUGAAUGAAA